UCAAAAAAGAAGAAAAAAAAAAAAGCUGCGACCCUGCGACGUCUGCCUUUGGGAGAAGAACCUGCCGGAGGCUUCCUCGUCUCCGAGCUCCGGCCGGCGAGAAGCCGAGGGAAGUCCAAUCAGUGUUGGAAUUUGAGAUCCUAUACCAUGGCUUCUUUGCUCUGUUCACAGAUAAAAUUGAACAAAGCAUAUGUUAGGAGGCAGGUUCAUGAGAACAGAUUACCCAGAUCUCUUUGUUGGAGCCCAUUGCAAUCAGGCCAUUUUAAAAAUCUUGCACUGCGAUGCACGAAGAAUUUGCCUUGGGAGGCUUCUCUCCCAUAUGCUUCCUCAGAGGACAGUGCCAGCAUUAUCAUGGGAACAAAUGUUGUUGAAGCUAUCGAUACAGAAGAAGCUCCAGAAAUUCCAAUCCUCCAGAGUGAACAGGAUGUUGUGGAGGUGAGAAAUGAACAGGAUGUUGUGGAGGUGAGAAAUGAACCAUCUGGGCAGCUAACAGCAUUUAAACUGCCUAUGUGGCUGUUAGGGCCUUCGGUUCUGUUGGUUACGGGUAUAGUUCCAACUUUGUGGCUGCCAUUACCUUCAGUGUUCCUCGGUCCUAACAUUGCCGGCUUUCUUUCUCUAGUGGGACUAGACUGCAUCUUUAACAUGGGAGCAAUGCUGUUUUUCCUUAUGGCCGAUGCAUGUGGGCGCCCAGAGAACAAUUCGUUUGACCUGACAAGGAAGAUCCCAACUACUUACAGGCUGUGGAAUCUGGUGGCCAGCGUAAUAGGCUUUGCUGCUCCUUUGGCCCUGCUAUUUGCAUCCAGUCGGGGUACUCUGCAGCCACAGAUAGCGUUCAUUCCGUUCUUAGUGCUGCUUGGACCAUAUCUUUUACUCCUUUCAGUGCAGAUGCUGACUGAGAUGCUUACAUGGCACUGGAAAUCGCCUGUUUGGUUGGUAGCGCCUGUUGUCUAUGAGGGUUAUCGUGUGCUACAGCUGAUGAGGGGCCUUCAGUUGGCCAACGAGAUCACUGCGCCUGGGUGGAUGGUGCAGAGCCUCCGUGGCUUGGUGACCUGGUGGGUGCUGGUCCUUGGGAUUCAAUUGAUGCGUGUUGCUUGGUUUGCUGGACUCAAUUUUGCAAGCCGUCCAAGUUAUGUAUCCAGUGAUGAUGCAAACAAGUAGGUUCGUCUGGGUUACUCAUCUUGCUUGCAAACAUGCAUGAUUUUGGGCAGAUCGUAUACACGGACAAGGGUCAGACUGCUAGAAAACUGUCAGUAGUAGUGUAACUACUGUUGUACAUACGAAAAGAUCACUGUACUUAGCACACUAGAAUGUCCAUGUGUAGGAAAUACUUUACUUGAAUAAAUAAUAUACUCCAAGCUGUUGUUACC